UUUACUUUAAACUUUUUUUUCUUUUUUUUUGACCCGCAACAUACCACAAGACCUAAAUGCUCAGCUUUGUUAAGCUUGACCUCUCAAGAAAUAUGGCGGAAAUAACUAUUUGUAUUGCCUCGAAACACAAAACCUGUCCAUCCGGUUUGAGAGGGAGGCGCACAUGCGGACCACACACACACACACACACACGCCACACACACACACACUCCAACGCCACAUCUCUACCUGGUGAGGUGAGAGAGCGACGUCACCACCCUCGCUGGAAGAAUGAGGAAGAGGAGGUCAUCCAGCGUUUAGGGAGCACACACGUCACUAGAUUGUCGUUAUUUAGCGAAAAAACAAACAGACAACAUCUGGUGGGAUGGCGUGCGGCUGCCCCGGAGGCUGGUGCGCUCGGUUCGCGGAGGGACAUUGGCCGGGGCUGAACUUUGCUCUGCUGAUUCUCGGUUACAUCCUUUACCUCAUAAUCGGCGCCGGGAUCUUCUCCGCCAUAGAGCUGCCCUACGAAUACGAGCUUCGGCAGGAGCUGAAAGCGGCCCGGCAGGACUUCCUGAGCAACAACACCUGCGUGUCCGACGCGCGCCUGGAGCAACUCCUGGUGCGCGCACUGGAGGCCAGUAACUACGGAGUGUCCGUCCUUGGCAACAAUUCCAGCCGCAACUGGGAUUUCGUGUCCUCUCUGUUCUUUACCAGCACCGUACUGACCACAACAGGUUAUGGCCACACGGUCCCUCUCUCAGACGAGGGGAAGGCCUUCUGCAUCUUCUACUCCCUCUUCGGCAUCCCCAUCACCCUCUUCUUCCUCUCCGCCGUGGUGCAGAGGCUCAUGGCCGUGGUGACGCAGCGUCCAGUGUCCUACUUCCAUCGGCGAUGGGCCAUGUCUAGGUCAAAACUGGCCAUCAUUCACGCCACCUGCCUUGCUGUCGUCAUGUCCAUCCUCUUCCUCAUCAUUCCGGCGUGGAUCUUUAUCACCUUGGAGAAAGACUGGAACUUCCUAGAGUCCCUGUAUUUCUGUUUCAUCUCUCUGACAACUAUCGGCCUCGGAGAUUACGUCCCCGGAGAAACGCACAGUAAAGAGGACAAUCCACACCCGCAUCUGUACAGGCUAGCAAUUACAAUCUACCUGCUGCUGGGCUUGGUGUGCAUCCUGGUGGUUUUGGAGACGUGCUGGGAGCUUCCCCACACGAGACGCCUCAGACAGAGGUUCUACCAAGAACACGCUCGGGAGCUGGACUCUGAAACGACCAACAUCAUCGACCAGGAACACACAAGCGACCAGCUGACUGGCUCCACAGAUCACACUGUGGAUCACGUGCCGGCAUUCUCCUCUGUGUCCGAACAGGCCGCGUCACUGCAGCAGAACGGCCAGACAGUGCCGUACACCCCAGCGUCAGGAGCUACUGUUAACGGAAAACUGAGAUGACAGACUGUGUGAGCUUCAGGGCGUGUGCUCGGGAACAUGGUGUUUUUUAAGAGACUCCAUACAUGGCUGUUCACAACACACACAGCUUUGACCUCUUUCUAUCAGUGCAUUAGCAGCCCAGGCAGACAUCUGUGUAAAUCAACAUCUAAGUCGCUCCCCUGAAGUGCUUAAUAAGUUCUGGCUCCCUGCCUUUGCCAACACCAACACAUAUUUGUGGUGUAAAAGCAGGAACCACCCAGAGAUUAUCAGCAUGGCAUUGUUUUUUUUCACUUGUUGCUCCAUUCCUUGAGUGCAGAUAUAGAUCUAUGACAUAGAGGAAGGGCUGGGCCCCCCCAAACAGAGGGAAACCCCAUGAGUUUCCACUUCCUGCUGAUGUCUUGAUGCCAUAACUCCAAGGCCGUACAGUCUGCUCUGGAAGAUUUCCCACACCCGUGCCCUCUUAGCACAUUAUUUAAUCUAUGGUGGUGUUUGCAUAGAAAAUUUGCCUUCUUGGAAGAUAUAAAGCGGGACACUGCCAAGAGAAUCAGGCGUAACAUCAGUUGGCCUCGUGUACUUUAUGUGCGAGGAUGACAAGACGAGAGAUAAAGUUAUGGGGGGAAAACAAACACUUUGUUCCUGGUUUGUCUCAGGUGAUAAUGGUGAUAACUAUCCAUCUGUUACUGAUGGCAUGGAAAAGUAUUUUAUUGUGGGAACUAUAGUGCAAUGCGCGUCUUUUUUCACUAGAGGGCAGCACAUUCAUGUUACAGGUAGAUUUACAUGAGGGCUGGGAAUUUAUCUUUCUUUCUGAUUAGGGGAAAAUAUGAUCAAGGUUUCUGGAGAUAAGAGAAGUUUUAUAGACAGUUUUUUCCCCGUUUAUCUUUAAAUACAUCAAGACAUUGUAAUUUUUACAGAUCUUGGUGGAUGCUUUUAAGUCUGCAAAUCAUUUUUGUUACUUCUUACCAAAAAUAGAUUCAAAUUACAAGAAUGGAAAGGUUAUAACUUAUACACCCAAGAUGAUUUCACUUCUAUUUUCGUUGCCUUUUUUCUGAUUUACGGGUUUUUAAUGAGAAGCAGAAAUUGACUUUUUUCUUUUUUAAUAAAUUGGCCUAAUAUAUAAAUAAAUCAUGCAACAUUAAAUGUGAUAUAAGUCCACAAGCGAGAAGCAAAUUAAACAUUUUAUAUAAA